UCCCAGGAAUACCCAACUUUUUUUAUCAAAAAACAACUAUACUUCAAUAUAUACACAUAACACAUAUACACAUAUUAGUUGUCCCCACUCCUCCAGAGUCCCUCGCUCGGCUCACGCCUCACCCUCACGCGCAAAUGCGCUGCUCGCCCGCUCCCCAAUUCCCCAUUUGAUUCCAAACCCUAGGUGGCGGCGUUCGGCGGCGGCGCGGCGGCGCGGCGACCGGCGGAAGCGGCAAGGCGUCCGGCGACCGGCGACGGGAGCAGGGAGCUAGACCAGCGGUGGCGCGGCGAGGCAUUCGGCAGCGGCGCGACGCCGUGGCGAGGCAUUCGGCGGCGGCGCGGCGAGGCCGCGAGACGGCAACCGACGGGCGACCGGUGACGGCGGGAGCGAGGCCACGAGGCCGAGGGGCAGGGGCGCGGCGGCGGCCGGCCAACAGCUGCAGCUCAGCGGGACAGCGCCCAGCGGCACUGCGGCAGGCACAAUUUCAGUUCUGUAGAUUGAAGAACUCUCAAAAUGAAGAAGAAAUCGAUUGAUUUGAAGACUUUGUGGGAUAGACAUUCAAAGUCUAGGAAGGUAGGGUUAGGUUCUGGUUCUGGAUCAACAACACAGCCAGUUAGAAUUGACAGUGAAGUUGCUGUUCCUUCUGUUCAGCCGAUUACAGAUGCAAAUGAGAGUCCAGUUCAGAUUCAGAUUACUGCAGUUGAGGUUGUGCCUGAGGUAGCAGCCAGUGAUGCAGCAAGAGAUGUGACAGAACCUGAAACAGAGGUAGCUAGCAAUGAUCCAGACAUAGCAACAGCAGUGACACAGCAGGAGCAACCUUCCACUUGGUCUCCUAUCAGAGAUUGGUCUCCCAUCAGAGAUGGUGAUGAUGAAGAGACAGAGUAUGACUCAAGUGAUGAAGCUAUUUAUGACAUUGAUUUACUUUGUCAUGAUCCUGGAAGGCGAAUUGCAAUCAAAAAUUAUGAUGUCAAUGAACGGAAUUCUGUGAUAAGGGGAUAUAUUGCAUUAGGGCCAUGCCAACCACGCAGCCACAGUUUUCCUAUAAGGAAAAUUGGAGGUAAGCCUCGGCGCUUCCUUCCUAGUUGGUAUGACGAAUUUAAAUGGCUUGAAUAUAGUGUGGAACAAGAUGCUGCAUUCUGUUUUAUUUGUUACUUAUUCAAGCAUAAAAUUAAUAAUUCUGGUGGAGAUGCAUUUGUAAAUAGGGGAUUUAGGAAUUGGCACAUGAGAAAAAGGAUUGCAAAACAUGUUGGUGGUAUGACUAGCUUUCACAAUGUGGCACAAGAUAAAUACAAUCACUUCCUUGCACCUAAAACAAAUAUUGUUGAGAGCUUUGCUGCCACCAAUGAACAAGACAAGGCUAGAUAUAUGGCUCGUUUAAACUAUUCAAUGAAGUGCUUGAAGUUUCUUUUAAGGCAAGGUUUGGCUGCCCGUGGACAUUAUGAAAGUGAAAAGUCACUUAAUAAAGGAAAUUUCCUUGAGAUGUUGAGUAUGCUAGCAGAAAACUUUGAAGAAGUUGGUAAGGUGGUUUUGAAUAAUGCUCCAAAGAAUUGUAAGUUGACUGCUCCCGAAAUACAAAAACAGAUAGCUAAUUGUUGUGCCAAAGAAACUACUAAGCUUAUCAUGGAAGACCUUGGUGAUGAAUAUUUUGCAAUACUUGCCGAUGAAUCUAGUGAUGUGUACCAAAAAGAACAGUUGGCUCUUUGUUUGAGAUAUGUUGAUAAAAAAGGAAGGGUAGUUGAGAGGUUCCUUGGUGUUGUUCAUGUUGAAAAUACUACUUCCUUGACACUUAAAGCUGCAAUUGAAUCAUUGCUUAUGGAGCAUUCCUUGAGCUUGUCUAAGGUCCGUGGGCAAGGCUAUGACGGUGCUAGUAACAUGAAGGGUCAUGCUAAUGGACUAAAGAAAUUGAUUAUGGAUGAGUGCCCUUCUGCCUAUUAUGUCCAUUGCUUUGCACAUCAACUCCAAUUAACACUUGUGGCUGUUGCUAAGGAAAACCCAGAUUGUGUGUGGUUCUUUGAGCAACUUAGAUUUUUGUUAAAUCUUCUUGGGAAUUCUUGUAAGAAGACAGAAAUGCUUAGAGUUGCACAAGCUCAAAGAAUUGUAGAAGAACUAGAUUUGGGUGACAUUGAAACUGGAAAGGGUUUGAAUCAAGAAAUGGGUUUGGGCAGGCCAGCAGAUACUCGUUGGGGAUCUCACUAUAAAACUGUUAUGCAUGUCCUAUCUUUGUAUCCUUCAAUUCAAAAAGUUCUUAUAAUGGUUGGCAAGGAUCGCUCUUUUGGUGCAGAAUGUGCAAAUGCACAAACAGUGUUGACAAUAUUCCAAUCAUUUGAGUUUGUUUUUAUGGCACACUUGAUGCAAACAGUACUUGGGUUCACAUCUGACUUGAAUCAUGCUUUGCAGAAGAGGGAUCAAGACAUUGUUAAUGCAGUAGGACUGAUUUUAUUGACAAAGUUUCAAUUGCAGCAAUUACGCGAGGAUCCUGGAUGGGAUGAUUUUCUUCAAGAAGUGCAAUCUUUUUGUGUGAAGCAUAAGAUCAAGAUCCCUGAUAUGGACUCUUUCUAUCGGCCGGUUGGAAGAGAUAGGAGGUUCUUUAUUAAAAUCAAGAAUAUGCAUCGCUUCCAUGUUGACAUGUUUCUAAGUGUCAUUGAUAGACAACUACAAGAGCUUAAUGAACGGUUUGAUGAGGUAAACACAGAUUUGCUCCUUUGUAUGGCUGCAUUUAGUCCUAUAGAUAACUUUGCUAGUUGGGACAAAGAUAAGUUGAUUAAGCUUGCACGGUUUUAUCCUAAUGAUUUCUCAAGCACAGAGAUGAACCAUCUUCCAUCAGCAUUGAAACUCUUCCUCACUGAGAUGCGUAUAGAUGAAAGGUUUAGAAAAGUAAAAAAUCUUGCUAAUCUUUCCAUUAUGAUUGUUGAAACAAAAUUGCACAAUAGACAUGAGAUUGUUUACAAGCUUCUCAAAUUGGUUCUGGUACUUCCAGUAGCAACAGCUAGUGUUGAAAGAAUAUUUUCUGCCAUGAAUUAUGUGAAGAAUAAAUUGAGAAACAGGAUGGGGGAUCAAUACUUGAAUGAUUGCUUGGUCACAUUUAUUGAGCGUGAGAUGUUUUUGAAAGUCAAGGAGUGUGAUAUUAUAAACCGCUUUCAAGCCAUGAAGGAACGCAGAAUUAAAGCUACUCUUCCAAGCCACGAAGGAACCGAAAUAGAAAAUUAGAGACGGGAAUACCCAACUUUCAAAUCCUGGCUCCGCCACUGGUCCAGAGCAGAUGAUGCAUGUGUGCAUAUAAACAUACACUGGGAGAGAGGAUUUGGAAGAGAUCCGAGGAGGAAGGGCUCCAUGUCCGAGAGAGGAACUCCAUUGCCUGCUCGGGGAUGACCGGCAUCUCUGCAGGAUGGCAGCAUUUCGGACGCCGUGAUUUCUCCUUGCUACAUCGGUUCCCCGUCUUCCGCUCGUCGAUCUGCGUGCUCUCUGCCUGUUUGCACAUUCAGCAAAACCACCAUGGUAGCUAAGUCAUGAUACAAGCUGAAUUAUAUAUGUUGUUGAAGUUAUAUAUAAGUUCAGUCACCAAGUUGAUCACAGCAACAGCUGAGGUUUUCUCUGAUUUUUCCUUUUUGUCAUGGGAUGUAUAUAUAUAUGCAGAUGGUUAUGCCAAAUUCAUAGUACUAGCAUUAGCCGACAUGUAUGGUCCAUUUUGCAUAAAAGUGAACAAGAAAAGAAAUUUUUAGCGCGAAAGAUUUGCAAAAAAAAAAA